AGGCGCUUACAGCAGGUUGUUUACAAAUGGCGACGACCGUGAACUGAAGCAACAGGCCAAAAGUUACAGGGCUUCCACAUUCCAUAUAUCAGCCAAACAGUGACAGAGUGUUUUCUAUAAAAACAAAGUCUUGUGUAGGAUAAACAAGAGAUUUUGUGUAAUUUGUGACUUUUGCCAUGGCUAGAAGGGGAGGGACUUUACCUGCACUUCGUGCCCCUUACGCUGAAACAGAAAGUCAGGAGUAUGGGGUUGUCUACAGAAAUAGUCCACGUCCGGAGGAAAUUAUCCCUAGGGAAAGUCGGGGGCCAUCCCGCCUGGACAUUUUGGAAGAGAGGCUAGCCCAACAGGAAAGGAACACACAAACUUUGAUUGACAGAGCGUUUAAGAUUAAGGAGGAUGUGAUUGACAGUCUUAACUUUACUCACGGAACAUGGCAGGAAGAAAAACAUGCUCGCUCGAUGUUACAGGAACAUAUUCGUACCAUCACCGCCAUUGUUAACAAACUCAACACCGACAUCGCUAUGUUAGACGAUCAGUUACGCCACCGAGACAAUGCAACAGUUGGUACAAAUAAUGCAGUAAAGAACCUUGAAGUACACCAUGUUGCCUCUCUGACCGACUUACGAGGCAGAAUCGUACGCUGUGAUACGUCCAUCUCCAAACUGUCGACAGAUUUACGACAAAAUCAGGAGUCCAUGAAACAGAUAAACAACCAAUCAGCAGAUAACAACAAUAAAGUGUUGGACAGAGUACACCAGUUGGAAUCCAGGCUUGUCCAAGUGACCAACACUCUUGACCGGUAUGUAGGGGAACAGAAGAUGAAGAUAACACACUUAGAGGGUGACCAUGGACAGCAGCUGGCCCUGCUGGACACCAAGACACGUACACUCAUUGAUGACCUUAAGAACUCAUUCCACAUCUUCCAAACCAACACAGAAGGAGAGAGAGAAAAGUUGGAAUCCCGUCUGUACAGUCAUAUAGACAAGAUAUCUCAGGCUAAAGACACCCUCAUUGAAAAAGUUGAGCGGCGGAUGGAUGAGAACCACUAUGUAACGGAUGCGCGACUAGCAAAGUUAGAGGAGGGGCUUCAUGAGGAGAGGGCACGCAUCACCGAACUCCAACACCAACUGGAAUCCAAACUGAUGCUGAAGUUGGACAACCACAUAAAGACCAAUGCAGAAGAGUUCGGACGGUUAAAACGUGAGACGAGGGAAGGAUUCUCAACCGUCCAUGAGAGCAUCAGUAACAUGAAAACUGUCAUGGAAGGAAAACGGAAACUUCUUGAGGACCAGCUCAGAAAAGAAAUCGGCCAAAUCAGGAAAAUGGUUGUACUUGUAUGAUUUUCUGACCGCGGACAUGGAACAUGGAGGUCUGUUUUUAUGUAUGGAUUACAUUGUAUAAAAAGACAAUGGCUGUAUCUAUGUGUAUAACAAAGAAUUUCAGUCAGGAUAAGGAUGUGUCGUGUUUUAUAGGGAAAUUACAGUCGUACAUUGUAGUAACAACAUAUAUACUUCAGGACACUCUUUACAUACCAUAUUUAUCCUACAAUUAGCCAACAAAUGUAAAAUAAUAUUUAUUGGCAUUUCUUAUGAACUGCAAUAAGAUAGGGGUGGGCUUAUUACCAGACAUGGACUUAUUAUCAGGUAUUAUGGGCUUAUUACCAAACAUGGACUUAUUACCAGACAUGGACUUAUUACCAGACAUUGACUUAUUACCAGACACAGCUUAGUACCAGGCUUAUUACCAGACAUGGACUCAUUACCAGACAUGGACUUAUUA